AUGGAGCAACUCAAUGCUAACAACGCCAUAAGAGAUGGAAGCGGUACCGACAAUACAGAUUGUUUUAAUAAUCAGGAACACCGGCGGGUGUCUGCCAACGAAGGCGCCUCCGGCCACAAACCUACGGACAAGAAGCGAAAGUUCUGGGACGAAAACAAGUGUAACCUACCUCAAAAAUUCGCUGGAAGAAAGCAAUCCGUGGCUGCACCUGCCAGUACAAUAGCAGUCACGACACAUGCAUCGACACUAGCCACAAGGUCUGUCACCCAAGUGCCGGAAAGACCAUAUAAGGGAUCACUCCCAAGGUGUAACAAGUGUGGCUUCCAUCACAAUGGGGUUUGCCGGGUGAUGCACUGUAAAAACUGCGGCAAGGACGGACAUACUGCCCGCUUCUGCAAAAACCAAACCCAGCACCUCCCUUCAAUCACCAGCACCAAGGUAGGCCCAGUAUGCUACCUAUGCGGUGAAACGGGACACUUCAAGAGAGAAUGUCCAACUGAGAAGAAUGACGGGGGAGCAGGAGGAGUGUGA